AUGGGGCUUACCGAUUCUGAAGGCAGUCGUUAUCCGAAGAGAAACGAAGAACGGCCAAACUACGCUGCAGAUAUAAAAAUCCCCGAAGAUGAUAGGUACCUGUAUUGCUACACAUGCAAACGCUCAGUGAUGGAUGGUUGUUUUAAGCAUCCUGUCCGAUGGAUUGGGAAUUUACCUUUGGUUGUGUGCAAACAAGCAGAGGAUAAAUUUGUUUUUCAUCAGAAAACCAAAUGUGUAUGGGGACAGUUAUAUUAUGAGCACGCAGCGAAAACUGCGCCUGGACAAUGGAUCAAAAUCUUAAGAUCCCGAAUUCCUGGUGCAGGUCUUGGCGCUUACGCCAAUGCAAAGAUAGAGUGUGAUACGGUCUUCGGUCCAUUUGGUGGACAAGUUGUUUACGUGGAUGAAAUGAGUAGCUCCGAGCAACUCAAAAGAUCACGCGGUGGGUAUGCCUGGCUUGUAAGGGCGAAUGUAGAUGGCGUCAGGCAGCACUGGAUUGAUGCUCGAAAUUGUUUGAAUUCUAACUGGUUAAGAUUUGUUAAUUGCUCCAGAUUCGAUGAGGAACAAAACCUCGUGACAGUUCAAUAUAGGGGGAAGAUAUACUACAGAGCAUGCAAA